AUGAGCUACUACCGCGACCGCGGCGACCGCUUUGCGGGCUCGUCCGCCAGUCGAUACGGCGCAGACCGGAGCCGAGAUCCGCCUCGUGACCAGCCGCGGGACCGAGACGCCUACCGUCGGGACGGGGGCCGUAACCGCGACGCGCCACUUCGUUAUGAGUCCAGCACGAGCCACAGCAGUCGCGACGGGGGCCGAGACGUGGAAACUGGCGCGCUGUCGGAUCCACGAGACGAGUGCCAACCCAAAGCGUCGGGCGCGUGGGAUCCCGCGAAAGAGGCGCUGGCGGACCCGACGUGGGCGCGCAUCUACAUCUCGAACCUCCCGUCGGACGCGACGAGCGACGAGCUCCAAGGAAUGUUUGGGGCCAUUGGUAUUGUCGCUCGCGAGAAGCAGAAGCGCGGGUUCAAAGACCAGUGGCCUUUCAAGAUCAAGAUUUACACGGACGCCGAUGGACAGCCAAAAGGGGACGCGGUCCUCACGUACGAAGACGCGAACGCAGCGCGCACGGCGCCCGAGUUCUUUAACGGUACAGACGUUCGUGGCAAUACUAUCAAGGUGGAACUAGCGGGCAAGCCUGAACCACCCGUAGGUGGAUGGUACGGAGGUGGAGGUGGCGGCGGUGGCCGUCGUGGUGGAGGACGCUCUGGAGGGGGAGACCGGUACGGCGGCGGCGGUCGUGGAGGUGGUGGUGGUGGUGGUGGCUACAGUCGGUACGGAGGGAAUGGAGGAGGAGGAGGAGGCGGCGGCGACCGCGACUUUCGAGACCGCGCGGACCGUCGCUCGCGUCCGUACUGA